AUGCCAAUUGCAGUUGCUAUGAACCCCAAUGGGCCACAUCCAUCUUCUACCGAGAAGCAGUUGGCGUCAGAGAGACUGGACACAGUCCACCCAGCCGAUGAUAGUAGCAGCCGGUCCGACACGCGCAGAGCAAAUGCUAGGGCUACGCGGACGUCGUCUAUGGAAGUCAGUCCUUCAGAGCGCAGCUUGAGAUAUGCAACGAUGAAUGCUGUCCCUGCCUCACCAGAAAUGAUCAUCUCCUGCGCCGCAAGACGCACCGCAGCUAUUCCAAGAUCAGCAAGAUCGUCAAAUGCAUGCUCAACCAGCCCGGUCUCAACGUCGAGAGUCAUCGCCACAGACACCGUGAGGACCGAUGAACUGCUGAGCAGCUUUCCGGCUCCACCUGUUCCAUGGGACGCAGCCAGACCUGGCAGACUUGCAAGGUCAACACUUCCCCAAAAACGACCUUCCUGGUCAAUAUUUCCACGGAGUGCACCACGUACAGAUCAAGACAUAGCCCCAGCUAGCAAGCAGCCUAGAUCCGCGAUCUCUUGUGGGGUUUCCUCUGUGGUUCAAGGGCGCUCGAUCGCAUCUAAUGCCGGCUCGUCUUCGCCUCAAUGGCGCGGAGAGUCGUGGAACCGGGACCGCCACUCUGGUGUCCCUCUCAACGGCGUAGCGACCACUUCGCUGCAUAGCUUCGACCGACGUAGCGAGCGACAAUCCGGCGAGAGCGCUUCGGCACAGGCGUCUUCUCUUAGAACUAGAGCUCUGCAUGGACCGGCAUCGGACAGAAGCGAGAACCAGCGUGCGAUUGUGAACGGUGCCCAUCGUUACAAUCGUGGCAGGGCAGUACCUGGCGAACUCGCAGUCUUUGCGCCGUCAGUCGAUACGGCGAAGUCAUUGACACCAGACCAACUUACAGAUCCUACGCCUGUGAUUCAAGGGCCAUCAUUCUGCAAACACAGGCUUGCAAAGCUCAAAGCCCGACAACUGCACAUCCCAUCGCCUCACGUUGUUGGUCUCGCAACGUUCGACGGUAGCAAUGGUGCCUCCGAAGUUCCUUCAUCACAUAGCAUUGAUGCGCCAAGCACGGGUGUGCACACUUCGACUCCAGUGCCGAGCCCAACACGCCAACCUGAGAUGCACAUUGGUGGAGCUCCGACGACCGGUUCAGCUACGGAGACCUUGACGACUGCGGCCUCUGAUCCGAUGCUUGUGUCGAACACUGGGAUAGGCCCUCCUGGGGAGGUAGCUGCGACUUCCGGCGCCGCCAGUGUCACAGCGUCUGGUCGAGCUAAGUUGGUGCAGCGGCGCAACGAACAAGGCACGUGGCGUACGCGUAUGAGCAAGACUACCUGCUGGCGCUGCGAGAUGGCGGCGGUGCAAGAGUCGUGGUGGCAUAAAAUCAAGUAUGCUCUGCAGUACACUUGUCUCUGCCAUUACAGAGGAUAUUACAACGAGGAGGACCGCGAGUGGAAGCACGAGCGAAAGCGUGCUAUUUGGCGGAGUAGAGGGAGUCGUGUGGGCAUUGGGCCACACGGUGCAGAGGACUCGGCCGGCGAUGCGCGACAGGGGACCUUCGCGCCUGUGGCCGGAGACAAUGUGGUCGAUGGCCGGGGUCGUUGA